AAUUGCUGAGGAAAAUUGACCAAGUGGAACGCCAGAGUAACUUUCACUGGAGUCUCUCUCUCUGCAGUCCAGGUGCAACACCCCUCCCUCUCUCCUCUGGCAGAAUGGAAAUGAUAGAGAGCUGCCAAUUCUCCCCAUCCGAAUUCUUCUACGACAGCUCCUGCAUCCCUUCUCCAGAAGGGGACUUCGGGGACGACUUUGAGUCCAGAAUGACUUCAUUCGGAUCCCACAAAACAGACCUCCAAGGCUCGGACGAAGAGGAGCAUGUGAGAGCCCCGACGGGUCACCACCAAGCCGGCCACUGCCUCAUGUGGGCUUGCAAAGCCUGCAAGAGGAAGUCCACCACCAUGGACAGGCGGAAGGCGGCCACCAUGCGGGAAAGGCGGAGGCUGAAGAAGGUGAACCAGGCUUUUGAGACGCUUAAGAGGUGUACUACGGCCAAUCCUAACCAGAGACUCCCCAAAGUGGAGAUCCUCAGAAAUGCCAUUAGAUACAUCGAGAGCCUCCAAGAACUGCUGAGGGAACAGGUCGAAAACUACUACACUCUACCUGGGCAGAGCUGCUCUGAGCCCACCAGCCCCACUUCCAACUGCUCCGAUGGGAUGGCUGAGUGCAACAGCCCCGUGUGGUCCAGAAGAAACAGUAGUUUUGACAGUGUCUACUGCCCUGAUAUGACAAAUGUUUCCUCCACGGACAAAAAUUCCGCAUUAUCCAGUUUAGACUGCUUAUCCAGCAUAGUGGAUAGGAUCUCAUCUUCUGAUCAACCUAUGUUGAAUCUGCAGGACCCUGCUUCUCUCUCUCCAAUCGACAGUACUGACUCUCAGCCAGAAACACCAGGGGCCCCUAAUUCCAGGCUCAUCUAUCAUGUGCUAUGAACUCUGAGACUUGAGAUUAAUUCCACCAACUGAUUUUUACCUCCAAGUACAGAAUUAACAGGAAAGCCUGUUAGACCAUGAAGCAGGAGGUUGUGCAAAGUUCCAAACUAAGACAUUCUGUGUAUAAAUAUUUUGUGUCAAUUGUAUAUUUGUGAAUACUAUUUUGCCACUUUAUAAGAAAAUGUAUUUAACUAAAAAGUCACCAUCAUAUGAAUGCUUUGUUUUUACUUUUGAUAUAUAUUUUAAUAUUAUUAUUCAUAGCAGAAAGUUGUGGAGAGGAGUAACUUUCAGAAUUACUUAAGUUAUAUUUUCAUAAAAGUUGCUUAUCAAAAACAUUCUUUCAUGGUUAUUAGAACUGCCUUUUCUACUUUAAAAGAUGGGUGGGAUCAGUUACAGGAGACUAACCAUUGUUCAAUUUUGCUUGCUCCUAAAGUCAGUUUUAUUCAAUAAAAAGAAAAAAAUACUGCCUAAUAUUAUCUAUUUUACUCUUUCAUAUGCAAAAUGCAUCUUUCUAAUGUAAGAACAAAUCAGUAUUUUUGUGGAUAUUUUCAAGA